AUGCAGCGCACAACCCUCGCCGCGCUCGGCCUACAGCGUGGCUUCCUGCAAGUGGACAUGCUGCGAUCGAUCCGGCUCUGGUACGUCUUCGACAGAGCCGCGCCGACGAGCGACGACCUACGCCUGGAGCAGCGGCGUGGCGACGUACUGCGCCUCGAUGCAGGCGCCACUUGCCUUGGCAAGGUCAUCGCCGCCAUUCAGCACGCAGCCACGCGGCGGUUCGAGGCGAUGGUGCUCUCGGACGAUGACGCGUUCAUACAUCCACAGCGGUUGGCUCUUGAUAUUGCCGAGUGGGGCUGGAAUCCCAACCUUCACUAUGGCUAUGGCAACACGCCAGACGUGGUCGUCGGUCGGCUCAUGCAGGAAUGGCAAUUGCGGCGCACCGUGGACGCGCCGGCGACGCGGCAGGGCCCGUUUGCCUUUCCCCUCGGCUUUUGUAUGGGCCUCGGCAGCGCGAUUGUCGCCGCGAUCGUCGCUCAGCUCACGACCGAGCCGCGGCUGAUUCGGCUGCAGAAAUUCCUCGGCGCGUCGCGCGCCGCACGCAAAUGCAUGCCUGCGACCGACGGUGGGCUGGGGUACAUCCUCGCGUCGCUUGGCCCGGCCACGCCGAUUGCAUACGUGGACAUCUCCUCGACUGCACGCGUCCACUUUUGGCGCUCGCGGAGCUCGGAGAAGUUCCUGCGUGCUGGCAACCUCGCCAUAAUGCACGGCGCGAAGGAUUGGGCAGACCACUUUGCAUGGGCGGCUUGCGUGGUGAGGGAGCUGCCAAGCGGUAUGCUUGAGCGCUCGAGGGGGCUCACGUGCACUGCCAACAAUGUCGGCCUCGAUUUUGAAUGCCGACGCACCGAGGACACGUGGCGAGCGUGCGCUCAGGCGGGGCUGCUCGCGCGCGCGGCCGGGUCGGCGGACAGGGCGGCCGCCCGGGUGGGGGUGGCGGGCUCUCCGCAUCCGGCACAAGGCCCUCGCCAGAAAGCCCAUCGCGAGGUCGCGACGCGGAACGCGAGCGUGGUCUGGUGCAUGGUGUCGAUGUCGGCGUCGGACGAGCGAGCGCGGCCAAAUGUCGUGCCGGGCGGGGUCGCGUACACGCGCAGCGUGUGCAACAACGCAUCCGAGCCUACCCAGUGCGCAGCAGAGAAGGCAGAACCGCACUAG